UAAUGUGUAGAAUGGAAACCCUAUCGGCCCUCGGACCCAGCGUAAGAGAAAUCACUUUGCACCGUGGAGCGGUGGGCGAGCCCUCUGUGGAAGGACCGCGAACCGGACCGCGCAGGUAACGCAUCUGUGACACUUUCUUAAAGAGACAGCGGGUUCACCUGGUCAGAUCUGAAAUGCGGCUUUCAGAGUCUGAGGGCGAGCAAGAGAAGCUCCAGUCAGAUGGGGAGUCAGAGAGCGCGAGCAGCCACACCAACCUGGACGAGGACUACGUCCCCAGGGGUCUGGGCCCCGGAUCAGGAAAGAAAGCCUUCACUUUUGAGGACAGUUCCGGUGACGAGUGGAAUUGUAGCCCUGCAAGGAGAAGAGCUUCAAGGAGGCAAUGUCGCUCCGCGUACGCCUCUCAACUGUCCUCGCCCCUGAAAUCUGCAUCCAAGACGUGGGGGGAGAAGGUCAACAACAAAACUACCCCCAAAAAAGGCUCCUCCUCCAGCAGCCCCCGCAAGAGACUCUUCAGCCCGUGCAGGACCACUCGAAGCAAGAAGCGGCAGAGGCAAGAUACAGGGCCAGGCAAAGAUGGAGAGGAUGAUGAAGACCGCUGGCGAAACAUCGAUGAGGAAGACACUGAGCCAGUUCAGCCACGCUUCCGUCCACAGAGGGACGUGGGUCCUCAGCUGAACAGAACAGCACACUACACACCGCUGGAGCUGUUUCAGCUAUUCUUCACCACUACGGUAAUUGAUACGCUGGUAAAAAACACUAAUACAUAUGGAGCAAAGAAAUGCCAAGGCCAGAGGGAAGGCUGGGUGCCUGUUACAGCUGCGGAUAUGUACUCUUACAUCUCCCUCGUCCUCUACAUGGGCAUUGUCCCACUAAAAACUCUAAAAGAGUUCUGGAGAGGAUCCACUCUGUUCAGUCUGCCAUUUCCUGCUUCCGUCAUGCCUUGCAGACGCUUCCUAGCCAUAUCCCGCAGCCUGCAUAUGAACGAUCCGGCCAAGGAGGCCGCCAACGACCAAAAGAAGGGGACACAGGGCUUUGACAAGCUGUUUAAGAUAAGGCCCCUGUAUGACCAGAUUCUGGAGGCCUGUCACAGCCACUUUCACCCACACCAGCACAUAUCCAUCGAUGAACGAAUGGUGGCGAGCAAAGCCAGGUUUGGCUUUAAGCAGUACAGCAGAAAUAAGCCGACAAAAUGGGGGUUUAAGCUCUAUGUCUUGGCAGACUCAAGAUGUGGCUACACCCUAAACUUUUUUGUCUAUGUGGGGAAAGAUGGGGAACCCACGGGGAAGGGGAUAAGCUACGACGCCGUGAUGAGACUGCUCAACAUCCCUUUUCUGGGCAGAGGCUACAAGCUGUACGUCGACAACUUUUACACGAGUCCGACGCUCUUCCUCGACCUUCUGACGAGGAAGAUCUGGGCCUGUGGCACCAUUCGCUCCAACGUAACCGGUUUCCCCAAGGCAAAAACCAACAACAUGCCGGAAAAAACCCCCAGAGGAACCAUAAGGUGGAUCAGAAAGGGAGCCCUGUUGUUUGUUAAGUGGUUUGACUGCCGAGAGGUGACAAUGUGCACCACCAUGCAUAAAGCUUACAGCAAUGAGAUGGUAAGCCGAAAAGUGAAGAACAAAGACGGACAGUGGAUCGUAAACCACAUGCCCAUUCCGGGCUGCGUCAAAGAUUACAACAAACACAUGGGGGGCGUCGACCUGUCAGAUGCACUAAUCGGCUACUACAAUGUCCUUCAUAAAACACAGCGGUGGUACAAAACUCUGUUUUAUCACUUUGUCGAUAUAGCAACAGUAAACUCCUUUAUCCUGCACAAAGAAAUGUGCAAAAUGCAAAAUCGGCCUGUAGGUACACAGAAAAGCUUUAGAGAAGAACUCAUUUUGUCCCUGGCUCAGAUUGGUUCUACUCCACGCAGGGCAGGCCCGCAAAACCUCAUGCUGCCUGUCUUUCCGUUCAGAAUGCCCCCCGUGCUUCCAAUGAAUGUCCAGCCUGAUGCAGUGACCGCCGCGCCGCCUUCCUCCCCGUCCAACGUGGAACUUGCCUCAGCUCCUUCCUGUCCAGAGGAAGAUGGCCAGAAGGUUUCCACCGGUGAGGCGCCUGCUGCAGAGUGCGAUGUGCCUGGUUUCGGGCACCUGCCUGCUUACUUUUUUGAAAAAAUGAGCAACGUGACCUCCAGAAAUCGGGCCACUGCUGGAAGGAGGUCAUGUGUGGUCUGCAAAAGAAAGUCACCAAUCUACUGCAGCACUUGUCACAAGACGCUUUGUUUGACAACUCUGAGAAACUGCUACAGCAAAUGGCAUAGAAGCAAUAACAUCUGUGUCUAAACGGGAGGGACAAAGCUGACUAAUGGGUACAUCUUUAGUAUCGGUUUACCUACUUGAUGCAGUUUUUGAAAAGCGUGUCUAUGUAGAGUGAGCUCAACCUCUCAGUAUUUGUAUUUCAACCACAAUACUUGAAUGGUUAUUUAGAUUUACUCCUAGCACUGUAACAUACUGUAUACUAUAUAAUACAGAUAAAAGAUAAAGAAUAGAUUAGACCCAUUUAAUCUUAGUUUAUAAAUAAACCUCUAGACAAAAGAAAUAAUCAAGUAAAUAGCCUCAUUUACAGAUUUUGUUAUGAUAGGGCUUAUAAGGGCGCUCCCUUUGGUGGUCUUUGACCUCUCACACAUGAUGCCACCUAGGGAGGAGAUGUGAGAUUAAAUGAUACAAAUCUUAUCCCGUUACCAUGUGCUAUCACAACGGCAGCAAAGUGUCAUUUAUUGUAACAGAGUGAGGUCCUUUGAAUGUUAUUCUGAGAACAGCACAUUUCUGUGUUAAUUUGCCUCGUAACUGGGAGUCAGCUUCAUAAUGAUGGUAGUGUACGCCGUUAUGCUCAUCUGCAGCCUGAUUAUGACCAAGAUGUCAUCCAUGAAACCUGAAAUUAUUUCACUGCUGCUCACUAACGUGAACUUCCUUAAUUACUUAUUACGUCAGUAUGAAACUACUGGGCUCUUGGUGCUCUUGUCCUCCACUUUUGUAUGGCAAAGUUGGUGCAGGCAUCUUUCUAGAUGUUAACAUUUUACUACAUAUGCCUACCUCAUAGGUUAAGGAUACAGCUAGUUUGCCAUCAGAUGGUGAUACAAUUAUACAUAUGGGUUUUGGCAUGCUAUGACUGAAUUCUACUGUAGUGCCUGACAACUUGAAACCCACAUAAGGCAGCUUUGUGCCACAGUACCUCAACACCCCUGGAUCAACCGUUCUCUUUAAAUGUACAUUUCCAUCUUGGAUUAAAAAGGGGUAUUUUGAGGGCACACAUUUUCUUUCUUCAAAUUUUAAGGAUUUAAAAACAUAACUUUUUAACACUGUCUUAGAUAAAAAAAAAAAAAAGUUUUGGUAAUGUGUUCAGCCAUAGCACCAGAGGUACAGUAUCAGGGUUCAUUCUAGAUAGCCUUCGGAUGCACAUGCAGUCUAAAUAGUAGCCCUGAAAAAGUAAAUGCUCUGGUAGUCUGUUUGUAGAGACUUUAUCUAUGUAACAGUAGCACAAUAACAAUAUUGUUUUACUUAAAAAACUGUACAAAUCAAAGUAGGAAACAGCUGCAUAAAAUGUUACAAGGGAGGUAUUUAGAAAAAAAAAUUGUCAAGUUCAGCCUCCGAAGCAACGCAUUCACUUAUAUUUUCUACAGAAUUUGUCAAGCCUCCAUAUUUUGACCUACUUUGAGAUCUACUUUACAACACCAGAGUUAUUUCAGUACCUAAUUAGUAUAUAGCAAAGUACAA